AUAAUGCGAAAAUUUUAGGUUUAAUCCUCGUCAGAAUAAAAAAAUUUUUUCUACUCUAAUCUUUCUUCAUCAAUCUAAAAUUAAACUUCUAAACUAUUAACUAUAUAUAUGAGAAUUUAAAAAAACCGGUAACUGUUUAAAUAAAAUAUCUAAAUUUAAUAAAACUUCUCCCCCCAUUAUCUCAACUAAAAAAAAUCAUUCAUUCCCAAAAAUUUCAAUCCAUCAAAAUCUUUUAAAUAAAAAAAAACCCUACUCUUUAUUAUUAGACAGAUAACAUGCGGGUAAAAAAGCACAGACGAAAUAAACCCGGGUAAGUUUGAACGGUAGUGGGUGGGAGUCAAUCGAGAAUCUAAGUAAGAGUCAGUACACAGUAUUUCACUCAGUCUGUCCGCGAGCGUCUGACAAGUUGAAUCAGGCAUCAGGUCUUUAAAAGUACCGCCGUUCGAUAAACAAUAUACUCGCUUAAUAAAUGAUAAUAAUAAAUAAUAAAUAAAAAAAAAACAUACCAAAUGAAAUUAUCACUUAUUCUUGGUGAUUUUUAGUGCCUAGUGUUAAUAAAAUAAUAAAAUAAAUAAAUAAUUAAAACCGAAAAAUAAAAAUGCGGGAAAUGUGUUGUUUUCGCGGUUUCUUAUCAUUAAUAUUUGUAUUAGUGAGUUACAGUUUGCUUGAUGUAAUAAGGAGUACAAAUGGAUUCAACAUCGAGACCAAACAUUACACCAGUUACAGGGAAGAAUCAUCUUCGAUGUUUGGAUUCUCUGUCGCCGAAUAUCGCGACCACAGUAAACGCGGCUGGGUCAUCGUAGGAGCACCGGAAGCACAGACAACUCAGCCAAAUGUAUUCCGUGGUGGUGCUGUUUACCGAUGUGACAUCGCUGUUGACGACAGUUGUAUACCUGUUGAAUUUGAUCGGAAAGAAAACAACUACAUUAAAAACCCAAAUCCACCGUACAACUUGAUACAAAUCGACAAUAAGACACAGCAGUGGUUUGGAGCAACUGUUUCUACAUCUCUCGAGGACGGCGGCCCGAUAUUGGCUUGCGCACCCAGAUACGUAUUCUUCUCUGUGUCCCAGCUGAAAAAGGAUCUGGGAGAUAGUUCCAGACAAUCUAUUGUGGGAAAUAGACGCGAUCCAGUCGGCACGUGCUGGGUUACCAAUUUUACGACUUCCACUGAAUUUUCACCAUGUCGAACGAGAAAUUUCGGAUACCACCGACAAGGAUACUGCCAGGCUGGUUUGGGCGCCUCAGUCUCCCGGGACGGCGAGCGGAUCUUUAUCGGCGCUCCUGGAAGCUGGUACUGGCAAGGUCAGCUGUACUCGGUGAUGAGAAGAAUGGAUAAUUUUCCCUUUGUCCCGCCAGGAAAUUCUUCAUUCGGUGUCUUUCCAGUUAUGUCCACGAAAGAAGGCUCUCCGGAAGAAGACGACAGUUAUCUUGGGUACUCGGUUACUGCGGGUGAUUUUAUUGGCAACGGUGAUAGUGGAACUGCUGUCGGUAUGCCAAGAGGGUUUGGAUUACAUGGAAAAGUGAUCCUUUUAACAUCGAAUAUGACAAAUCUACAAAAUAUCACCGGGGAACAAAUGGGUGGCUACUUUGGGUACGCAUUAGCGAGCGGUGACAUAGAUGGUGACGGAUUCGAUGAUUUAAUCGUCGGGGCUCCGAUGUAUACGAUUCCUGAAAACCCGGAGAUGAAUUACGAAACCGGGCGGAUUUAUAUAUUUUAUGGAAAGGGUCCAGAUAAAUAUCGUCAAUAUGUUACCAAAGACGGCGAAAGUAACAGAGGAAGAUUUGGUCUAUCGUUAGCUUCUUUGGGAGAUUUAGACCGCGACGGGUACGGAGAUUUUGCGGUCGGUGCUCCGUAUGCAGGUCCAGAAGGUCGGGGCUCAGUUUACAUUUAUUACGGGUCACGAGACGGCGUCCAAGAAAGCUAUUCCCAGGUGAUCCAUGCCCAAGAUCUGAGCAACCGUGUGGAGACGUUCGGGUUUUCUCUAGCUGGCGGCCUUGACCUUGACGGGAACCUGUACCCCGACAUGGUGGUGGGCUCCUACGACUCUAGCACAGCGAUGUUCUUCCGCUCGCGGCCCGUGAUCAAGAUGGUGCCUCAAGACACCUUCGUCGAGUUUGGGUCCUCAUCUAAGCUGAUAUCGCUCAACGAUAAGAACUGCACAUUGUCCGACACGACACCUGUUACCUGCCUGCCUCUCAAGGCCUGCUUUAAGUAUACCGGGGAAGGCGUUUUGUCCAGCUAUGACUUUAAUGUUCAGUAUGUUCUGGAUGUCAAGAAGAGCAAGAGCCCGAGACUUUUCUUCUUGGAGCACGAAGGCAAACAUACUUUGAAUCAUACCAUCACUGUUGAUCGUAAUCAGCAGUUUUGUCGCACUGUCAAGGUCUACGUAACGCCGAGCAUCCGAGAUAAAUUAACCUCCCUAGACGCGGAGAUGCGUAUGAGUUUAGCCGAGGAACGUUGGACAGACCCGCGACCCCGUGAUCCUCGCAUACCACUGCGCCCGGUUCUAGCGACGACGUCAUCUCGUAAAGACACCGUGUCAAUACGCAAGAACUGUGGCGCUGACAAUAUCUGUACCCCGGAUCUCCAGCUGACAGCGACACCUAAUGUUAAUCGUUACCUUCUGGGGUCAGGUAACCGCUUGGAGAUAGAUGUGUUGGUGAAAAAUGCCAACGAAGAUGCCUUCGAAGCGACCUAUAACCUGAUGCUCCCACCGGGCGUUGAUUACAUCAAGAUCGAGAGGAUUGAUAAGGCUGAGAUUCCUGUCCAGUGUUCAGCGCCGAAACAGUCCAACAACAAUACCCUCAAGUGUGACAUUGGAAAUCCUUUACCAAAAGGUAACCUCGUUCACUUCAAUGUCUUGCUCCAGCCCGUUGACGUUCACGAUGAAAAGUCUUCCUACGAAUUCCGGAUGAAUGUAAAUUCAACGAAUGCUGAACCUGCUUUAACAACAGCCGAUAACUCCCAGCAUCUUUCCUUGGAAAUUUGGGUGGAAACUGAGCUGUUGAUUGAAGGCGAAAGCAAGCCUAAAGAUGUCUAUUACAAUCCCGAUAAUUACACCGUGAUCAACGCAACCACUGACGUUGAAUACGGACCAGCUUUCAUUCACAAUUACACAAUUCGCAAUUUGGGUCCUUCAAGAAUUGAAGAAGCCGAAGUCUUUUUAAUUUGGCCUGCUGCUACUCUAGCAAAAGACGACUUGGUCUACUUGUUGGAACAACCAGAGACUACUGGCCCUCUGGUGUGUGCUACUGCGAACUCAAACCCGCUGAGUUUGAAGCUAGAACAAAGACGACGACAGUAUGUUAAUUAUUAUUCAUCAGGAAUCGUUCAUGAGCAUUUAGUUGGCUCUGGUAAGCCUAUUAAUGUUCAUACUGGCUAUGAAACUGCUACCGAACGAAGUAAUCAAUGGAAGACUUCAAAAACUGAAUCCACUUUUUCAGGAGGUUCUGUCUCAUCUGGAACUGUUUUAACCUCAUCAAGAGGUUCUGAAUCUUCGUUCCAGGGAUCUAAAUCCACUUCUGGAUUGAAAAAUGAAAAUCCUGUGAUAAUUCACACUGAAACUGGAAUCAGUAGUUUGGGAAUAAGCGACGCGAUUGGUUCAAUCCAGACAACAAAGGAACCAUUGCUUCCUAACCUACAUGAUGAUAAAGUUUGGGAAACUGGCAGAAAUUUUUAUGAUAAAAAUGAAUCCCAUGCUAUCUAUCAUGGUGGUAAUGGAGAUUCUGUUAUUACCGACGACAGCUAUGUGAACACCGGAGGCAGAACUAACGUCAAGGUGACGCAAACUUGGUCAGAGUCCAGGGACGAAGGAAAAAGAAGAUAUGAUGACGAAGAACGGAGGUUUGAAGAAGAACGGAGGCGGGAAGAAGAUAGGUUGGUGGAGGAAGAAAGAAGGAGGCAAGAAACUACGCGACUUUUGGAAGAAGAAGAAAGAAAGAGACAAGAAACUACGCGGCUUUUGGAAGAAGAAAGGAGAAGGCAAGAACAGAAAUUGGGCUCCCGUGAAUUUGUUUACGGGAGUGAGAAGAAAUAUGAAGAUGAUAAG